GCUAAUAGUAAUCUAAGGUGCCUUUGACACGAAUGAUCUAAGCAGUCCGUAUAGUGCGACCUACGACGGAAAAUAGCUGUCUUUAAAAGUGAGUUCGACGAAACUCCCGAUAUUAAUUAUUUUAAUUGAUUAACGUUAUCUCACAAGAUCGUCAAAGCGUCGGCAGAUCUUGUUUUAAAUUGUAGUUGUGCUUCCGAUCGAGAACUCAAUAACCGGAAACCAACUCGUUUGCCCGUCUUCGCAGCAAGCCUACGGCAAGGGACAGAAACAACAUGCCGGCCGCUGCCAGUGCCGAGGAAUCUGCUCUUCUGGGCACGAUGCCUUCGGACAGUAUGGAUGAUAUAGAACUAAAGAACAUUCAACUACAAUUCCCAGCGCUAAGGUAUUUGACAAGAGACGAUGGUUCCGUUCAAGAAGAAAGAAUUGAAACAGAUAAGGGAACUUUGCUUGUAGCGAUUCAAGGGAAUCGAGGAAAACCGGUGAUUCUUACUUAUCACGAUUUAGGCCUUAACUAUAUCUCGAGCUUCCAGGCAUUUUUCAAUUACAUCGAUAUGCGUGUUCUGCUAGAAAACUUUUGCGUUUAUCACGUGAACGCCCCAGGACAAGAAGAAGGUGCCCCCACAUUACCUGAUGAUUACACUUAUCCUUCUAUGGACGAUUUGGCGGAACAAUUGCUGUUUGUUUUAGGCCAUUUUGGCUUAAAGUCAGUUAUAGGUUUUGGUGUUGGUGCAGGAGGAAAUAUUCUUGCACGUUUUGCAUUAGCACACCCCGAAAAAGUAAAUGCACUCUGUUUGAUUAAUUGUGUGUCUACGCAGGCUGGAUGGAUUGAAUGGGGUUACCAGAAGUUAAAUGUUCGCCACCUCAGAUCCCAGGGUAUGACCCAAGGUGUUUUGGACUAUCUAAUGUGGCAUCAUUUUGGUCGGGGCACCGAGGAGAGAAAUCAUGACCUUGUUCAAGUCUACAAGAACUACUUCGAGCGGCGAGUAAAUCCAACGAAUUUGGCUUUGUUCAUCGACAGCUAUGUACGCCGCACGGAUCUGAAUAUCACUCGGGAAUUAGAUCCUACUCGUAAAAAGGAAGGAUUAACAUUGGAUGUACCCGUAAUUAACAUAACGGGAGCCCUCAGCCCUCAUGUAGAUGAUACCGUCACAUUAAAUGGUCGAUUGGAUCCUGCUAAUAGCUCCUGGAUGAAGAUCUCAGAUUGCGGGAUGGUGCUAGAAGAACAGCCGGGUAAAGUGAGUGAAGCCUUUCGACUCUUUCUACAGGGUGAAGGAUAUGGUCAAAAUUCGAAGUGUUUAGAAAAUUAUAGAAAAAAGAAGAGAGCGCGCCGUAGUGCGUAUGAAAGUGAGGAAACACGCCAGCGGCAGCUGCACCGGUCGUCCCCUCCUUUUUAGUACCCUUGGUUGUACAGUAUACGAGAGUGGAGGUCGUCACGAGAAUAAAGGUGAAAAGCAGAGAAGAUUUCAAGGUAAUCAACAUACUACCGAAGCUGAUACUGAGUUUGUGAGUACAAAUGCAGAAAAACUAAAAGACAACAGUGAUAUUGAAGUGUGCCAUGACGCUGGUUUCAAGUACGUUCUCAUCAGCUUCGCUGUAAUAUUUCGUGCAUUACAAUCAGCGUUAAAUUGCAAACUUUGUG